CCCACUUGAUUUUAACUUCACUUGGCACUUGGUUAAAACUACUUGGUUUCGACAAAUAUUACCCCCAAAAAUUAAGGCUCCCAAAGAGCAUGAUUUCCAGAGCGUCCCGUCAGGGACGUGAGUUGUCCUCCCAAAGCACCGACUUCCUGACUUACCUGCCCGGAGCCCUGCGCCCCGUGCUGUUCCUGUUCUACACCCUGGAGACGGUGUUCAACAUGUUUUGCAUGGGCUACCACGUCACGGGCUUCCAGGCCAUCAACCUCAAUGACCUUGGCCCGAAUGGACAGUUUAUCCACUACCUGUACCUGGUCGUCUUCUACGCGUUCAUGGUGCUUACUCCCUUCCAGAGCGUCUCCAUCUGCACGGGUCACACGCCCAACGUUCUGAUGGAGAUCUACAAGGCGUCGGCGGGCGCGGUGGUCUUCCUCCUGAUAUCCCUGACCACGAUGUGGAACGCGGAGCGGCAGUUCUACUUGUUCUUCGCCACGAUUGUGGCCCACGACCAUGAGGACCAUGGCUACACUGAGUUCAGGGAGGACCUUCCAAAUCACCCGUUCUUCAAGUUCAUGCGGGGCCAGUCCAUCUCCUCGCUGGCCUGCGGCCUGAUCUACAUGCUCCACGCGGCCAUAAUGAUCGACGUCAGGUUGACCUCGCGGUUCAAUGACCACGGCAAGCACGCCCCCAUCCCUCUUUUCGUCUUGGGACGUGCUUUUCACAAGAGACUUUACACCUACCAAUGGUUUCGGGAUUUCUGCGACAACACCAUUAUGGAUAUUUGAAGGUCCAAAAAUUGAGGUUUUAUUGUGUGAUAGUACUGAGCUGUGAAGCCUUAUUUUUAAAUUUUUUAUAUGGCUCCACGUAAAAAAUUUAAAAAUAGGAUUUCGAUAAUAAAUUAAAUGUCAAAGCUUUAGAAAA